UCAAAACAGAAAUCAUAAAAAUGUGCAUAAAACCUAAACUAUAGCUCAUAUUUAUUCCUUCUAAAUGGAGCUAUCAGUAAAAUCUACUUCAUAAAACAUAUAUUGUGGUUAUAAAAAGGCAAAACUUCACCAGGUACGGUGGCUCACACCUGCAUUCCCAGCACUUUCGGAGGCCGAGACGGGUGGAUCACGAUGUCAGGAUAUCAAGACCAUCUUGGCCAACAUGCUGAAACCCUGUCUCUGCUAAAAACACAAAACUUAGAUGGGCGUGGUAGCAUGUGCCUGUAGUCCCAGCUACUUGGGAGACUGAGGCAGGAGAAUCACUUGAACCCAGGAGGCAGAGGUUGCAGUGAACCGAGAUUGUACCACUGCAUUUCAGCCUGGAGACAGAGCAAGACUCUGUCUCAAAAAAAGAAAAAAAGCAAAAUUCUUAGUGAAAAUCAUAGGUGUUCCUUAGAAGAGAGAAUUAAAUAUAGUCAAGGGAAGACCAAGUCUCGUACUUCUCUUGUGUAUUCCAAAGUUUCAGGGAAAUUCCAGGUAACAGAGGUUAUUUCCCAUGCUGUUAAAGCAAGGUUGCAGACACUAAUGAAUUCUGGGCUCAAUACUCUAGGAGGGCACACCUCUGUCCUGGAAAAUGAGACAGGAUUGAAUACUUUUCCUGUGACUCAUUCUGGUUAUUCAUCCAGGAUCACAGACACUAAACAAUGGAAAUAUGGCCAAAUUCAUGAUUUGCUAACCCUCUUCUCAGGUUUCUUACCUGACUCUUAGGAUAACAGCAUUACCUUGAAGAAUAUGAUGAAGAUACGCUGUCCAAGUAUGUGCACAGUUUUGAGCAAAAUGCCUGAUACAAAUUGGUCAACAAACAAUUACUGGAUGAUGAUAUGAAUAUUUACUGAAUGACAUGGAUCCUAUGAAUAACUGUGGAAUAAUUGUUGUGAUUGCUUUUAUUAGCAGUGCUCAAAACUCAUCUCUGUGUGACCUCAAGUCAGCCACAUAACUCUGUGAACCUGCAGUUUCAUCAGUUUUAAAAUGAAGGAACCUGGCAGAUUCUCAUUCUACCACAGAAUGUCAGGCCUCCCAGACACCAGAACAUACCUUUACAUAAAGCCUUUGAUAUAUUUCCACGCAGUAUCUCUACAGUGUAGUUGGAGGAUGGUGGGAGCUGCAGAGAGGCACGCUUUCCAAUGGGAUUGAGGCAGUUCUUCUUCCUUGACUUCCGCAUGAAUGCUGGGCAGCCCAGGGUCACACUUAUUGCACCCUCAACUCAGGCAAGCCCAGCAGCCAAACAUAGGAGACUUGGGCUACAGAACAGUCUCCCAAAUCCCAGGCUCAGAAACUCUACGUGGAGAUGACGGCUGAGAAAGUGAGGGGGUGGUUCAGGGGAUCACUCUUCCCUACUCGUUCCUCUCAUCUCAAAUUCACCUUCCAUUGCACAGCAACACUGAGGACCACCAACCACCCCUGACCAUCACCUUGAUCUUGUCGUGUUUGGUUCGUGGGAUGCACCCACACAUUAAUGGUGUUAGACCAACUCAGAGAAAUACCUAUCAAACAUGUUCCAUAAGAACCGCUCAUGGCCCUGUUAUUUUCAAUAUAUGGAAAAAGUGAAAUGAAAACAACAAAAUCAUAUCAGGUUUCCAAGACUUCCCAAGAUAGAUGGUCACACAUGCUUUCAGGAGAUCUCUAUAGAAAUGGUUUCAAUGAUGCGACACCUUGAAAAGAGCUCUUCUGGGACUAGAAUGACAUUUAUAAGUGAUAAGUAUGAGAUGUAGUAUUCAGUCACAUUAAAAAACAAAUCAUCCCACAUAGAGGAAGCUUUGGACAUAGGAACAUCACACUGGUCUUAAUUGUAAUGAAAAGCCUCUUCUGCCACAAACAUCAGUGUACUGGUACCUGCCAGUAAAAAAAACUAAAUCAGCAUAACCAUGGGAUGCAGCAAGAAGAAUACUGAGCCAGGAAAGAAAACAUUUUUAGGACUCAGAGAAUAUCAUGGCAGUAUAAUAGAUUGACAUCUUAAACUUGUGGAAAAGCCUUAAAUUCUGUUUUAACAUGUGAGAAGGACUCACGUUUAACAUGACUGACUUCAUGACUAGCAUUAAGAAAGUAUCACGUGUUGGGAAACUGUUUCUGCCUUGAUGAUUUUAUACACAUAAGAGAUGAAAAAUGAGGCACAUGAAUGUAUUGGGAAUGAGAUGGCACUGUGGCAUUGUCACAAAGGUACACAAAUACUGAGAGUGACUUAUAGAGUAAUGGUCCCCAUCUGUUGUGACCUCAGGUGAGACCAGGAGGCCUGUGUUUUAGCAAACCCUGGGCAGUUGGAAUGAAGGGCUCCUAAGAUUCCAUGACACGCCCAGCUUUUAAUUCUGUUAUUGCAACAGCACAUGGUUACCUGGGACUCUUGUCAGAGUCUGAGCUACAGGCAGCUCCUUUAGUUCUCAGCUCAAGCAUUUUCAACCUUGUUUUUGCGGUUAAGGACCUUAGCUAAAGUGCUGUGAGGAGGGAUCGAGUUUUUCUCAACAUCCCUGGCCCUACCUGUGGUGCCCCAAACGUCAGCAUGAUAGCAUCUGGCAGGACGUGUUCCAGGAAGACCACAGAGGCAAACUUUCCAGAUACCAUCGAGAAUUCCUACUCCCAGCAGGAAGAGACCAAACCAAAUAUUGGAGCCAGCAAAAAUAGACUUCUUCUGAGUCAGGUGGCCUACUUCCUGAACUACCAGCUGAAGACCUACAGAGAUCAAAAAGAUCACGAUGAAGAACAGAAAUGCAGAGACAGCAAAAAUAAACUUCUUAUGAGUCAAGUGGCCUACUACCUGGGCUGCCGGCUGAAGACGGAAGUCCCUGGCUAUCUGUGUUCUGCCCCAAAUGUCAGCACGGUGGCAUCAGGCAAGCCUCCUUCCAGAGAAAACACAGAAGUAAACAUUCCAGAAGACAUUGAGAAAUCCUGCUCCCAGCAGGAAGAAAACAAAGCAAAUUUCAGAGCCAGCAAAAAUAGACUUCUUCUGAGUCAGGUGGCCUACUUCCUGAACUACCAGCUGAAGACCUACAGAGAUCGAAAAGAUCACGAUGAAGAACAGAAAUGCAGAGACAGCAAAAAUAAACUUCUUAUGAGUCAAGUGGCCUACUACCUGGGCUGCCGGCUGAAGACGGAAGUCCCUGGCUAUCUGUGUUCUGCCCCAAACAUCAGCACGGUGACAUCAGGCAAGCCUCCUUCCAGAGAAAACACAGAGGUGAACGUUGCAGAAGGCAUUGAGAUAUCCUGCUCCCAACAGGAAGAAAACAAACCGACUUUCAGAGCCAGCAAAAAUAGACUUCUUCUGAGUCAGGUGGCCUACUUCCUGAACUACCAGCUGAAGACCUACAGAGAUCGAAAAGAUCACAAUGAAGAACAGAAAUGCAGAGACAGCAAAAAUAAACUUCUUAUGAGUCAAGUGGCCUACUACCUGGGCUGCCGGCUGAAGACGGAAGUCCCUGGCUAUCUGUGUUCUGCCCCAAACGUCAUCACGGUGGCAUCAGGCAAGCCUCCUUCCAGAGAAAACACAGAGGUGAACGUUGCAGAAGGCAUUGAGAUAUCCUGCUCCCAACAGGAAGAAAACAAACCGACUUUCAGAGCCAGCAAAAAUAGACUUCUUCUGAGUCAGGUGGCCUACUUCCUGAACUACCAGCUGAAGACCUACAGAGAUCGAAAAGAUCACGAUGAAGAACAGAAAGGCCGAGACAGCAAAAAUAAACUUCUUAUGAGUCAAGUGGCCUACUACCUGGGCUGCCGGCUGAAGAUGGAAGUCCCUGGCUUUCUGUGUUCUGCCCGAAACAUCAGCAAGGUGGCAUCUGGCAGGCCUCCUUCCAGAAGAAACACUGAGUUUAACAUUCCAGAAGGCAUUGAGAAAUCCUGGUCCCAGCAGGAAGAUAACAAACCGAAUAUCAGAGGCAGCAAAAAUAGACUUCUUAUGAGUCACUACUCCCUGAACUAUCGGCCGAAGAUAAACAAAGAUCGACAAGAUUGUGAAAUACAGAAAUACAGAGAAAGCAAAAAUAAAGUUUUUGUGAGGCAAGCGGCCUACUACCUGCGCUGCCGGCUGAAGACCAAAGAAGAUCGGAGACGUCACGAGGAGGAACAGAAAUACAGAGACAGCAAAAAUAAACUUCUUAUGAGUCAAGACUACCCGGGCUGCAGGCUGAAGAUGGAGAAAAACGACAAAGAUGAGGAUGAAGAUGUUCAUGUUAUGGAGGCUGAGAAAAUCCAGGAAUCACGUGCCACCAGGAAUCUGCAGGAGUCUGUGGAGGAGGAAGCCCCCCAGGAGUCCUGGGAUGAAGAUGAUUCGACUCUCUCAAUUCCUCCUGGCACAUUUGCCUUCAAUGAGCCUUACAGGACCAACCUGCACUCAGAGGAACAGCAGGUCAACUUGGCUCAUGACACAGACAAGAUUAAAAAGGACCAAGAAGAGGAAGAAGACCAAGGCCCACUGUGCCCCAGGCUCAGCAUGGAGCUGGUGGAAGCAGAAGAGCCUGAAGUCUUCUGGUACUCACUGGAUAUAUUGUAUUCAACAUACACCGCUUAUCUUGAGUUUUAUUACACAUGCCAGGCUUACACAUACGCCGUUUUUUUAUAUGCAGAAGAGCAUGUUCGCUUGACUUUGGACAUGGACAGUAGGUUUUUUACUCUGACGGUGAUAGGACUCCACCUGGUCUCCCGGGUAGGGGUCAUAUUCCCACACUAAGACGUGUCACACGGGACUCUGCCGGUGCAGAGUGUGAGCAACACCAUGUUCUCGCUGAAAACGCUUAGGCUGAGUUUGAUAGCCUGAGGUAAUCUCCAGACAACUUCACAAUGUAGAACAGUGAGCGGCACAACUGACCUGUCUCCUUCAGACAGCCCAUGUCACCACAAAUCACACAACUAAAAGGAGAGGAGACAUUUUUGGUUGAAAAAGAGUAAAAAGAUAAUGUAGCUCAUUUCUUUAGCUCUUUUGAACCCAAGGUGUCUCCUCAAGUUUUUGUUGUCAUUGAUGGUGGGGACAUGGGCUUGUUUGUAGAGGACAGGUCAACUGUCUGGCUCAAUGGUCUAUACUCUGAAGUUUUCUGAAAAUGUCCUCAUGCUGAAAUUCAGCCUAAAUGUUUUUUCCGGGAACACUGCAGGGUCAAUGCUACCUCACCCAUCUGCAGGUAGAGAAGGUCCCGUGUGUCUACCACCAUGAUCGUGAUACCAGGACUUUUCCACCAUUUGUCUAUCACCAUGAUCAUGACGCCAGAUCUGUACCUUUCAGAGACACCUUAUUUAUAUGGAUAUAUAUAUUUAUUCAGACACCUUAUUUAUACGGAUAUAUAUAUUUAUUCAGAGACACCUUAUUUAUACCGAUAUAUAAAUAUAUUUAUAUGGAAGUAAUUGGAAAAAUGGUUUUCAAAAGUAUUAAUAUCCUGUAUUGAAACGAUCAUCUCUCAACAUUUUAUUAUUCGUUAAUCAUCCCUGGCUGUGUCAAUUAUUGUAUUUACAUCUCUACACUGGAAAUUUUCUAUUUUUACUGUAUCUUUGCUUUUGCUAGUUUCUGUUGUUGAACCAAAAAAAUUCCCUGCCUGCAUUUCAAUUUUUGCCAAAGUUAAUUUUAAUCUAUACAAUGAAAACUUUUUUCCUUAAGAUAAGACUGUCAGCACCUAAGGCCACAGCAAAACAGAGCCUUUGUUUGCUAAUUUUUAAGCCUUUGUUAAUUUCUGGCUGAGGAGAGAGGUAGUUUAUUUUAUUAGCUGCUAAUACCUAUUUAAGUGAGCAGCCAGAGACUUGUCUAUCAGACUAAGGAUAUGCAAAGCUUACGCCAUUCUCUUUGAGUCUUUUAAACUAUUUCAGAAGAGAAGGGAAUAGGCAAAUUCCACAUAUGUGGACAGGAAGGAGAAUACACUAAAAGACACAAACAACGGUUUCCCAAACAGAAUAGAAAAUCCAUUAAAAUGCAUGAAAUAUUUUCUCAUGAAAUGUAAUCUCUCUAAACUUAGCCAUUAUAUGAAAGUCAAUUCUUAAUAUGCCACACUGCAUUGACUGUUGACGUUCAUAAGAAUUCAUUUCCAUGUUUGUUAUUUGAAAAAGCAAAAGGACUCUAAUCCUUUCUUUUCUUUGCCAUGAUCUUUUUAAGAUUGAGGAUUUUUUUCCAAAAUAAAAUUAAAGAUUUUAAAGAUUGAAAAUUGACAUUAAAAUUUAUCUUCUCAAAGCAA